UUUUUUUUCUUUUAACCUCGUAAACUUUUUCUUUCUCCUUGUGUCUAGGCAGGCGUCAAUCGUAGCAAUUAAGAAAGUACGCAAACCAUAUUUGGUGUAUCAAGGUGGAGGCAGUGCUACAUCAUCUUCAGUAUGCAACAUAAUAGCAAUAGUAACUUGUGACUUGUGAGUUUAGAGGAUGAGAUGAAAAAUAGCUUCAAAAUAUUACUAGGUGCUUCCCACACAUCCAAGAAAGAUGCACUCAAAAGGCCCAAAUUUAAAAACUGAUACAAAAACUUAAAAAGGGUCGUAUUAAAGCCCAAAAGGCUUUUGUUUGUUAUUUCCAUGUUUCUUAACGAAUUAUACGACUUAUCAACCAAUUCCCUUUAUUAUUUAAAAAAACAAAAAGCUAUCGUCGCUUUCUUCUUCAUCUUCUAAAAAAGUAAGCUCAAUGUUGUAAUCCGAAUCCGACGAAUCCUGCUCCUGAGUCCUGCCUAAGCUUCCUCUAUCUCUGUGUUGACUCUUCCGGCGAUCCAACAACGCUAUUCUCGGGAACAAAUCCUGAUUUUUUCUUGCAAGUUCAGAGAUUUUACCUGAACUUAAAGGAAGAUAUUGCUCUACGGCGUGUUUAUAGAUGCCUCGGGACUUGUCAAGAUCGAGGUCACCUUCUCCAUCACCGACACGUCGCAGAAAGCAUUCCAGGUCUCCUGUAAGGCAUAGGCGUAGCAGGAGGACUAGACGAGACAGAAGCCGUUCUCCGUACUCUUCUUAUUCGUAUAGCAGACGAAAAAGUCGUUCUAUUUCUCCUAAACGCCACCGAAGUCGAUCUGUUACUCCUAAGAGACGUUCUCCAACUCCAAAACGUUACGAAAGACAAAAGAGUAGGAGUUCCACUCUAUCUCCUUCCGCAUCCCUUGACUCAGCUAAACAUAGGAAUGGAGAAAAACUUAAAAGAGAAGAGGAAGAGCGAAAAAGGCGACAGCGUGAAGCGGAACUGAAGCUGAUAGAGGAAGAAACUGUGAAACGGGUUGAAGAAGCUAUUCAAAGAAAGGUCGAAGAAAGUUUACAUUCUGAAAAAAUUAAAAUGGAAAUUCUAAAGCUGCUGGAGGAAGGGCGGAAGAGACUUAUUGAAGAAGUGGCGGUUCAACUUGAUAAGGAGAAGGAGGCUUCUCUUAUCGAGGCUAAAGAAAAAGAGGGGGUUAUGCGGUGUUUGUCGCAGGAAAGAGAGCAACAAGAGAAAGAAGAGAGGGAGAGAAUAGAAGAGGAGAACCUUAAGAGAGUGGAAGAAGCUCAGAGGAAAGAAGCAAUGGAGAGGCAAAGGAAAGAGGAGGAACGGUAUCGGGAGCUGGAGGAGCUGCAAAGACAGAGAGAAGAAGCGAUGCAAAGGAAGAAAGCUGAAGAGGAAGAAGAACGCCUCAAACAGAUUAAGCUGCUGGGUAAAAACAAAUCACGCCCUAAAUUAUCUUUUACAUUAAGCUCCAAGUGAAGAUAAAAACGAUUGUGAUGGAUAUGCAUCUUUCAUCAUCUCAAAGUUGCUUUAUGAUUAUCGUUUUUAGUGCUACUGCUUCUCGUUGGAGCUUGAAACAUUCUUAGAUGAUUUAAAUAUAACUCUAGUUUCUCGUUUGUAAUUUUACGUUAAGUUCAUGGUUGGAUGGGAAAAGAUAGGAAGGUGAUGAAUGAAUAUGUUAACCAUCCGUUCUCAGAAUGAUGAACAGUUAACA